UCCUCCCGGGUGGGGGCGCGCCGGGGCGGGGCCUGCGCAGGGUGGGGCGCCGGGUCCCACCCCUCUCCGGCCGGGCGGCGGCGGGGAGCGAGGCCAGCGGGGCGCCCGCGCCGCCCUGAGCGAGGGGAGCGGGGAGGCCGGGCCGGGCCGGGCGGGGCCGCGCGGGCAGGUCGGGGCAGGUCCGGGCGGGCAGGGGAGCCGAGAGCCGAGAGCCGGGAGCUGGAAGCCGGGAGCCGGGCUCCGACCCGCAUCAGCACCCGCACCCGCACCCGCACCCGCACGGGCCGCGGCCCCACCCUCUCCCCGCCCCGCGCCCGGAGCUGGGAGCGCAGCGCCGGGCAGGCCGCGCGGAGUCGCCGCCGGAAGCCGAGCCGGCCCGGGGCUCAUGGCGGGGCCGCGGGGCGCGCUGCUGGCCUGGUGCCGCCGCCAGUGCGAGGGCUACCGCGGCGUGGACGUGCGCGACCUGAGCGGCUCCUUCCGGGACGGCCUGGCCUUCUGCGCCAUCCUGCACCGGCACCGGCCCGACCUGCUGGAUUUUGAUUCACUUUCCAAGGACAAUGUCUUCGAGAAUAACAAACUGGCCUUUGAAGUGGCUGAGAAGGAGCUGGGGAUCCCUGCUCUCCUGGACCCCAACGACAUGGUCUCCAUGAGUGUCCCCGACUGCCUCAGCAUCAUGACCUACGUGUCCCAGUACUACAACCAUUUCUCCAGCCCUGGCCAAGCUGCUGUCUCCCCACCCAGAAAAGAUCCAGCACCCUCCUCACCUCCAUCUGAAGCACUUACUCCAGCAGAACCAGGACCUGAGGCUGAGGACAAGGAGUUCCCCUCCAGCAGCCUGUCAGAGCGGGGCGCCCACCAGACGCCCAGCAGCACGUGUGCAGCCUGUCACCAGCACGUGCACCUGGUGCAGCGUUACCUGGCCGAGGGCAAGCUGUACCACCGGCACUGCUUCCGCUGUCGCCAGUGCUCCAGCACCCUGCUCCCCGGGGCUUAUAGGAAUGGGCCCGAGGAAGGCACCUUCGUUUGUGCAGAGCAGUGCGCAAGACUGGCUCCCGGAGCCCGGUUGGGGCCCAAAUCUGGGCUUCCCCCACAGCCAAAGCAGCAGCAGCUCCCAGAAGAAGCCAGGGACACAGAGGGAGAUGGCCGAUGCCCCGGCCUGGCUGAGGAGCCCGAGGUGGAUGUGGCCAAGGCCAACCCUGAGUCUCGGCCCCGGAUCCCCACUAAGCCCAGGAUUCCCAGCAAGCCCCAGGAGCUGGCCAGCCCCCCAGCUGGCCGGCCCACACCAGCCCCCAGGAGGGCCUCCGAGAGCACAGUCCUGACACCCCCCACACCCCGGCCCCGAUCCAGCCUGCAGCAGGAGAGCUCGGAGCCUGGAGGCAGCAGCCUGGCAAACGGAAGGCUGCACGAGCCCCCCAUCCCCAAGCCGAGAGGGACCCCCAAGCUGUCGGAGAGCUGUUGGUGGAUAGGACAGAGAGAAAUGGAGACAGGAAGAGAGAAAGAUAGACACCUGCAGACCUGCUUCACUGCCUGUGAAGUGACUCCCUGCAGGACGCCAUCACCCAGGAAGGAGCCCCCAUGGAUCACACUGGUGCAAGUGGAGCCAAAGAAGAAGCCAGCCCCUCUCCCACCCAGCAGCAGCCUCGCGCCCACCCGGCGGAUAGAGAAUGGCAGUGAUGAUGGGGGCGCCCAGCAGAACCCCUCGGCAGCUGGCCUUGAGCUCAAGCCCUAUAACCCCUUCGAGGAGGACGAAGAGGAGCGCCCGGUGGCCCUCAGCCCAGCCACCGGCCCUGCCCCGACCCCCCCAGAGUCUACACCCAAGUCCCUGCACCCCUGGUAUGGCAUCACCCCCACCAGCAGCCCCAAGACAAAGAAGCGGCCUGCACCCCGGGCGCCCAGUGCCUCCCCACUUGCACUCCACGCCUCCCGCCUCUCCCACUCGGAGCCACCCUCGGCCACCCCGUCACCAGCCCUCAGUGUGGAGAGCCUGUCAUCAGAGGGUUCCAGCCAGGUCCCUGGAGGGACACUUCUGGAGCCACCAGCUGUGCCCAAAAGCUCCUCAGAGCCUGCUGUCCAUGCCCCUGGCACAUCUGGGGCCUCUGCCAGCCUCUCCACCAACUCCUCCCUGUCCUCUUCUGGGGAGCUGGUGCAGCCCAGCGUAGACCGGACAUCGCAGGCCAGCCCCCGUCUCACCCCCAGCCUACGGGCCAGCCCAGGCCCCCAGCCAGCCAAGCCCUGCAUUGGCGCCUCACCCACCCCUCUGCUGCUGGCUGGAGACAAGAGCCCCGUGCCGUCCCCUGGAACAUCGUCCCCGCAGCUGCAGAUGAAGUCUUCCUGCAAGGAGAAUCCUUUUAACCGGAAGGCGUCGCCCACGGCAUCCCCAGCCACAAAGAAGGCCACCAAGGGAUCCAAGCCUGCCAGGCCACCUGCCCCGGGACAUGGCUUCCCGCUCAUCAAGCGCAAGGUCCAGGCCGACCAGUACAUCCCCGAGGAGGAUAUCCAUGGUGAGAUGGACACCAUUGAGCGCCAGCUGGAUGCCCUGGAACACCGUGGGGUCCAGCUAGAGGAGAAGCUGCGUGGUGGUGUGAACGAAGGCCGUGAGGAUGCCCUACUGGUGGACUGGUUCAGACUCAUCCAUGAGAAGCAUCUGCUGGUGCGGCGGGAGUCUGAACUCAUCUACAUCUUCAAGCAGCAGAACCUGGAGCAGCACCAGGCGGAUGUGGAGUUCGAGCUGCGGUGCCUUCUCAACAAGCCCGAGAAGGACUGGACGGAGGAGGACUGGGGCCGGGAGAAGGUGCUGAUGCAGGAGCUCGUGACCCUUAUUGAGCAGCGCAAUGCCAUUGUCAACUGCCUGGAUGAGGACCGGCAGAGGGAGGAAGAGGAGGACAAAAUGCUGGAAGCCAUGAUCAGGAAGAAAGAGUUCCAGAAGGAGGCUGAAGCCGAGGGCAAGAAGAAGGGCAAGUUCAAGACCAUGAAGGUGCUGAAGCUAUUAGGAAACAAGCGUGACACCAAGAGCAAGUCCCCUGGGGACAGGAGCUAGGGGGCCCUGCAUACUCCAGGCUUGUCACCUGGGCUAGGCCCCUCUAUGGGGGUGAGGCUGCGUGUCCCUUCAGGAUCACUGGAGAGGAAAGAUGACUUCAGGGCGGGGCUCUGGGCUCUCUUUCCUCAGGGCCUUUGGGCUGUUCUGGGCCCAAGAGUUUUAUUCUUUCUUCUCUGAGCUGCGGGCAGCUGUGACUCAGCCCUGCCUAGAGGCUCUGGUGAUGCCAGAUGCUGUGACUGAUGAGGGAGGGGCAGGGUGGCUCCCUGUCCGAGCAGCCCACCAUGAUGGCAGCACCUGCUUGUCUUCUAAAGCUGCCAGAAUUCUGACCCACUGCUGGGUCUCCACCGACAAGGUCUUUCCCUGCCUCCUGCUUCCUGCUCCAGCCCUGGCGCUGGGCCCUGCCUCCCUCUCAUAGUCGGCCCUUUCUCCACACUCAGGAGCUCUAUUUAUUCUCCAAGUUUGGGUUAGGUAGUGUCCGCAGACAUGAAUAGGCCUGACGGAUAGCUCCAGUCAUCUGUCCUUCCUCAGAGUUCUAGGAGGCGGUCCCCUCUGCUCUUGGUCUUCCUAUAGGAAGCCUCACUUUCUGGUCUGGGACCGAGGGAGGGUCUCCUUUUGAGACGGGGCGGGCCCUCCAUCUGAUGCCCCAGAGGACUCUGAUGUGACCGCAGUGGCAGGCUGGCCCUCAUGCUGAGCUUGAGGCAAGGUCUGCUGCGGCAGGUGCUAGCUCGACUCUCAGCACUCUGCAGCCCACCCUCACCAGCCUUGGAUGGGCAAGCGGAGCCUGGGCUCUGUGCUCAUCUCAGGCCCAUCUCCUCACUCCGUUCUCAUCUGUGUCCAUUCUCUCCUGGCCUGCUCCUACUGAAGCACUGAUGGCCACUCACCCACUGGGAUGGCAGGGGGAGAGGAGUGGCUGGUGGGGACAGCUCUUGGUCAAAGCUUUAUUGCCAAGAGCUAUUUCUAGGACCUUCCCCGUGACACCUGCGGGGAGACUCUACUGUGUUAACUCCCAGGGACUUUCUGUGCCAACAAUAAAAGGAUACGCGACCUCA